AUGACACUAUUGGGCUUAGCUUUGUGGUCACUGCUCCUCCGUCCAGGGCUGACGUUCUGGACCUCCGAGAUCAGUCAGAACUGCAACAAUGGCAGCUACGAGAUCAGCGUCCUGAUGAUGAACAACUCAGCCUUCCCAGAGUCCUUGGAUAACUUGAAAGAAGUGGUGAAUGAGGGAGUGGAAAUAGUGAGACAGCGUCUGCUUAAUGCUGGCAUAAAUGUGACUGUGAAUGCCAGCUUUAUCUCUUCGGAUAGUGUGAUUUAUAAGUCAAAUGACUGCCGGAGUAGCACUUGUGAAGGCCUCGACCUACUACGGGAAAUUUCAAAAAAAAAACAAAUGGGCUGUGUCCUCGUGGGACCCUCGUGUACAUACUCCACCUUCCAGAUGUACCUUGACACAGAUUUGAACUACCCCAUGAUUUCAGCUGGGAGUUUUGGAUUGUCAUGUGACUACAAAGAGACUUUAACCAGGCUAAUGUCUCCAGCUAGGAAGCUGAUGUACUUCUUGGUUAACUUUUGGAAGGUCAAUAACUUGCCAUUCAAAGAUUAUUCCUGGAACACUGCAUAUGUUUUCAAGAACGGCACCGAGACUGAAGACUGUUUCUGGUACCUCAAUGCUCUGGAGGCUGGAGUGUCCUAUUUUUCUCAGGAACUUAGCUUCAAGGAAACAUUGAGGGGAAAUGACCAGUUCCAGGGUAUCUUAAUGAACCAGGACAGGAAAAGCAACGUGAUUGUUAUGUGUGGUACACCAAGCGUCAUCGGCAACCUCAAGGGGGACAGGGCAGUGGCUGAAGACAUUGUGAUUAUUCUAGUGGAUCUAUUCAAUAACCACUACUUCAUGGAAAAUGUCACAGCCCCUGACUAUAUGAAAAAUGUCCUUGUGCUGACAUUGCCUCCUGGGAAUUCCACCUCCAUUAGCUCUUUCUCCAAGGGUUUAUCAGAGGCAAAAAAUAACUUUGCUCUUGCCUACUUGGAUGGAAUCUUGCUCUUUGGACACAUACUGAAGACAUUUCUUGAAAAUGGAGAAGCUAUUACCACCCCCAAAUUUGCUCAGGCCUUCAGGAACCUCACUUUUGAAGGCCAUGCAGGUCCUGUGACUUUGGACGAGUCUGGGGAUAUUGACAACACUAUGGUGCUUCUGUAUACUUCCGUGGAAACCAACAAAUACACGAUUCUCUUGAGGUAUGACACCCAUGUAAAUAAGACUACCCCAGAGAUUAAGAACCCCAUGUUCAUCUGGAUGAACCACAAACUUCCAAGUGAUAUCCCAGGCCAGGUAAACUCAAAGUAUACAUAUUUCAGCAAGGAACACAAGAUGCCAUCAGCCAUCAGUCAUCAGAUGAGGUACUAUCAUGUCAUGGAAAGCCCUACCAUGACCAGGACUUCACCCAUGCAACUUCCCAUACAACCAUAUAACAUUGGCCAUCCCUGGACAGGACCAGCCAGGUAUCUCCUGGGCAACAAGGUCUCAGGACAGUCUGGCUUAGCCAAGGCUUACGACGAUGAAUAUGUUCAGAAGCUAAAUGACAUGAAUGUUAAUAAAAACCUACUGACUGGUUCUAUUCCCUUUCACAGAAAAUAUAAAAAAGAAUAUGAACUUCGUCAGAAAAAAUGGUCCCACAUUCCUUCUGAAAAUAUCUUUCCUCUGGAGACCAAUGAGACUAACCAUAUUAGCCUGAAGAUCGACGAUGACAAGAGACGAGACACAAUUCAGAGAGUCCGGCAGUGCAAAUAUGACAAAAAGCAAGUGAUUCUAAAGGAUCUCAAGCACAACGACGGCAAUUUCACUGAGAAACAGAAGAUAGAAUUGAACAAGUUGCUUCAGAUUGACUAUUACAACCUCACCAAGUUCUACGGCACAGUGAAGCUUGACACCAUGAUCUUCGGGGUGAUCGAAUACUGCGAGAGAGGAUCCCUGCGGAAUAAUCUGUUCAAUGCAAAAUUUAGAGGAAUAACUAUGGCCUAA